AUGGCUAUUGAAGAAAUUGAAGAAUACACCACCGUGAAGGUCAACAUGAUAAAGAAAUCUCGUAAGGAGAAGGAUGCACUACAGAAGACUCACAAGGACGAAGGACUAGGUGACACGGACGUCGACGAAGAUCAGCAGAGGAAGAAGAAAAAGAAAACACGAGAGACCGAGUACGUCGGUGAUGCUGAGGGUGGUAGCUCUUCGAUUGCGGACAUCCCAGUCGUAGAGGAUGAGAAGACUUCCAAAAAGAAGCGAAAAAGACGUCAUGAUGAAUCCAACUCUACCGACGCGAGCACGAGCAAAAAGGAGAAGAAGAAGCGAAAGAAGGAUACAGACGUUGAGGGAGUCCCGGAAACGGCUGAGAAACACCCAUCCGACGAGCCUGCACCCUUGAAGAAAGACAAGAAGAAAAGAAAGAAGGAUGCCACUGCAGACGAAGCUACCCCAGAACUUCCAACGAAGACUACAGUGCUAACAGCGGACAGCCCUUCCCCUUCGGAGACAAGGGCCUUCCUUACAAAAUACGACGUCACCAUCCAUGCCCCAGAAAGUGCAGGCAAAGUCACGCCUGCCAUCUCUUUCAACCAGCUCAAUAUACCGUCUGGACUGAUGCCUGCUUUUGAUGGGUUUAAAGAACCGACACCUAUCCAAGCAUGUUCAUGGCCACCGGCCUUGGCGGGCCAGGAUGUGGUAGGGAUCGCCGAGACUGGCAGCGGAAAGACUCUCGCGUUCGGUCUACCCGCUCUCUCUCGAUUGAUCACAAACUCCUCUGAUUCUGAUCCCAAGAAGUCCAAGAAAACAACAGUGACUGUGCUGAUCAUGGCGCCUACUCGCGAGCUUGCAAUUCAAACUCACGAGACACUAUCGGCGCUCGGUGAACCGUUUGGGAUCGCGAGCGUCGCCGUUUUCGGUGGCGUAGAUAAGGCACCACAAGUGAAAACUCUUAAAAAUGCCAACAAGGACGGCAAGAUGACCAGAAUCAUUGUUGGGACUCCCGGCCGUAUAUUGGAUCUUGUGAAUGAUGGUGCAUGCGAUCUAAGCCGAGUGUCAUAUCUAGUGCUAGAUGAGGCUGAUCGGAUGCUGGACAAGGGGUUUGAGAAUGACAUUCGUAGCAUUAUUGGGUAUACGAAGCAGGGCGCAGAACGCCAGACGCUCAUGUUCAGCGCAACAUGGCCUGAGGCUGUACGAAGACUGGCUGCAACUUUCCAACGAGAUCCCGUACGAGUCACUGUAGGCAGCGACGAGCUCACGGCGAACAGCCGAGUUGAACAAGUUGUGGAAGUAUUCGACGAUGCACGUUCCAAAGACUCCCGACUUCAAGGUCAUCUCCGCACCUUGUCACACAAGAAGUCAAGCAAAACCGGCGCACCGGAGGAUGCACGGGUCCUCGUCUUCGUCCUGUAUAAAAAGGAAGCAUCGCGCGUAGAGGGCAUGCUGCGCAGCAAAGGGCACACGGUCGGCGGCCUACACGGCGACAUGUCUCAAGCAGCCCGCAUGGAGGCACUCCACAACUUCAAGACUGGUAUCACCAACCUUCUUGUCGCUACGGAUGUGGCUGCGCGCGGCCUGGACAUUCCGAACGUCGCUGCAGUGAUUAAUUACACAUUUCCGCUGACGAUUGAGGACUACAUCCAUCGCAUUGGGCGUACUGGUCGUGGCGGGAAGAGCGGCAAAUCGAUCACGUUCUUUACUGGCGAUAAACACGAACGAGCCCUCGCCGGAGAACUCGCGCGCGUUCUUCAUGAAAGUGGGUUUGAGGCAGAGGGGUUGAAGAAGUUCCCCAUGACCAUCAAGAAAAAGACUCACGGCGUGUAUGGCGCAUUUUUCAGGGACGAUAUUCCUGUUCCCACUGGCCCAACCAAGAUUACGUUCGAUUGA